CAGUCGCUCGUUACACUUGGAAAUAAACUACACUACUGUUACUCCUCCUGCAAAGCAGCCGCCUUCUUUCUCCUCCUCCUGACGCCUGACUCCUCUCCACCACUCCUCCUCAGCUUAUUACCACACAAUAUAAUAUAUUAUUGUACCAUACAACCGGUAGCAGCAGCAGCAGCGGUAGCAGUAGCAGUGUUGUGUUUUGGUAAUGAAUGAAGAUAACGGAGGAGGAGAGGGGUUUUGUUUGGAUUUUUGCUCUUUGAUGAUGAAUAUGAUGACGAUGGUAAAAUGGGUUUGGGUUGGCUCAACUGCGUGACCAAGCCUUCCCCCCCCCCCCGGCCCCCACCACCUGUUUUCUUCUUCAACUUCAAGCUACCCGGCCCAAUCUUUUCCUUCCUUUUUGUUUCUCUUUGUUACUACUCCCUCCUCCUCGUCCUCCUCCUCCUCACUGCUCCCAGGCUUAUUCUUCAAACUCUUCUUUACGACUAUUAGUUUUGCUACUGCUCUCUGAGCUCUGGGUAUAAAAUACUUGUGUGGGUUUUCGAUGGCUCAUGUUGAUGGGUUCAGAGGUGGUGCCUCGUCUGCUCCCUCUCACGCUCUGCCCGCUCGUGAUACAGGCCAAGGAGAUGACAUGUAUACAGAGCUAUGGAAGGCUUGUGCAGGACCCCUUGUUGAUGUUCCUCGCGCUGGCGAGAGAGUUUUCUACUUUCCGCAGGGUCACAUGGAGCAAUUGGAGGCAUCAAUGAAUCAGGAAUUGAAUCAACAAAUUCCACAGUUCAAUCUACCUUCUAAGAUCCUCUGUAAAGUAGUUAAUGUUCAGUUGCUGGCAGAAGCAGAGACAGACGAAGUCUAUGCUCAGAUAACAUUACAUCCUGAAGUAAAUGAACAGGAACCUUCGAGUCCUGACCCAUGCACUCCUGAUCCGCCAAAACCGACCAUUUACUCAUUUUGUAAGAUAUUAACAGCAUCUGAUACUAGUACGCAUGGUGGUUUCUCUGUUCUCCGCAAACAUGCCACUGAAUGUUUACCUCAACUGGAUAUGACUCAAGCAACUCCAAGCCAGGACUUGGUUGCGAAAGACCUUCAUGGUUAUGAAUGGCGAUUUAAACAUAUAUUCAGGGGCCAACCUCGGAGACAUCUACUUACAACUGGAUGGAGCACAUUUGUAACUUCCAAGAGAUUAGUUGCUGGCGAUGCAUUUGUUUUCCUUAGGGGUAGUAAUGGGGAAUUGCGCGUUGGCAUUCGCCGUCUUGCCCGGCAGCAAAGCCCGAUACCUCAAUCUGUCAUUUCAAGCCAAAGCAUGCAUCUUGGAGUGCUUGCAACUGCAUCACAUGCCAUUAUAACUCAAACCUUGUUUGUCGUGUACUACAAGCCAAGGACAAGCCAAUUUAUCAUUGGAUUAAACAAAUAUCUAGCGGCUGUAAGUCACGGAUUUUCAUUGGGCAUGCGCUUUAAAAUGAAAUUUGAAGGCGAAGAUUCUCCUGAGAAGAGGUUCACAGGCACUAUAGUUGGUCUAGAAGAGGUAUCUCCACAGUGGCCAGAUUCUCCGUGGCGUUCAUUGAAGAUUCAAUGGGAUGAACCAGCAUCAAUUAAGAGGCCAGAGAGGGUCUCUCCUUGGGAAAUAGAGCCAUUUGCAGUUGUUUCAUCAGCAGAUGUUGCUGCCCAACCAGUACCAAAUAGCAAAAGACCUAGGCCCCUUGAUCUUCCAACCUCUGAAAAUAGAGCCAUUGCUGCUGCUUCUCCUUUCUGGUGUCCGGAAGCAACUCAAUUGCUUGAAUUAAGCCACUAUGACAACAUUACUGAAGUCCAAAGCACGGAUGAUCAAUCUUUCUGGCCACCUAAGCCGAAAAAUCUUAACAGCAACAUCUGCUCUGGUUCUAGCUUCUCUUCUCGUGGAACUUGGCCUCGUCCACUUGCUAAUGGCUCAUUAAACCAGGAAAAUGUAUCUGCAAAAUCACCUCUUUGUGACUAUGAUUCUCCUAUGUCAUCAAGGGCAAGUAACGGCCAUGUACUUGGCCAAGUUGAAAGGUUCAAAAGGCUGGAGAAUUCGUCAAGUUGCAGAUUAUUUGGCAUUGAUUUAAGAAGCAACUCAAAAAAUCUCUCUCUGCUGGAUAAGGACGGACCUUCUACAGUUGUACCAAAUGGUGCUAAUGAUGCUGAGCCUCCAGUUGGCAUAUCUGAUGGAGAUGUUCUGAAGUCUUGCAAUGAGAUGAAACUGGGCCAAUCAGAGGUGUCACCAAAAGAUGCAACUAACCGACAGGGUUGUUCCACAACUACAAGAACCCGAACAAAGGUGCAAAUGCAAGGGGUUGCUGUUGGGCGGGCUGUUGAUUUGACUGCCUUGGAAAGUUAUCAUGACCUUAUAAGUGAGCUGGAAAAAAUGUUUGAGCUUGAGGGGGAGCUUAGUCCCCGAAACAAAUGGGCGGUUGUCUACACUGAUGAUGAGGGUGAUAUGAUGCUUGUGGGUGAUGAUCCGUGGCAAGAAUUUUGCAAGAUGGUUAGGAAGAUCUUUAUAUACUCGAGCGAGGAAGUGAAGAAGAUGAAUACAGGAGACAAAUUCCCUUUAUUAACUCUGGAUGGUGAAGGGACAGUACAGAGCUUAGAUUCGGAGCUAAAGCUGGAAUCUUGAAGUAAUGUCAUCGUCUUCUUUAGUUUUGUAUUGUAUAUCUUAGAGCUAAUCAUCUGCGUCUUUAGUUUUGUAUUGUGUAUCUUGGAGGUGGAACUUGCAAGAGUGUUUCAUGGAACAUAGGCAGGUAUAUCUUUAGUGCUCAGGUUUUUUGGAGUUGGGAGGGUGUGCAAGCCAACCAAGUGACUGGUUUUGACGGAGUCUAGACUUAAACUAUGUUGUAUUAAAGAAAUUUGAAGGUUGGUUUUGGUAAA